UGUUUUUUUAAUUUCUAGAGACCAUCCAAAGUUAAAAAUUAUUGGACAAGAAGGAUGGGUUGAUUUACUACUUGCUUUGCGAAAUGACGAGGAACUUAAGACCUAAAAAAUUUUUCUUUCUAAAAAAAUUAUUCGACAAAAUGCCUUCGCUUCUUUCUAUUCCACAUGAAGUCAAACAUGACAUUCUUAAAUGCCUCAAUUUCAAUCAAUUAUUCUCUGUUCAACAUGUCAACAAAUAUUUCAAAAAUUUUGUUAGGCAAUACAAAGACGAUUUGGCAAAGAAGAAAUUCGAUGAACUUGGACUCUUCUAUGUCGACAACAAAAACAAUAUCAAGGACUUCAAACUUGUUGAACCUUUCAAGUUCGAAUUGAGUCAACAGCUUGAGAAAAAGUGGAAAUGUGCAAUAGAAGAUUCAAUUCCUACGUUUUUGUGUGCAUUUACAGGAAUGGAUGAUUACAAAGUUGAAGUUAUUUGUUUGGUGGAUGCUCUGCAAAACAGUUUCGUAAUUUUUAUUAGAGUCUUUAGAAUUUACUUUGAGAGGGGAAAAUAGUGGAUAGAAGGGGAUGGGGGGAAUAAGUAGGAUGGGGGGUUCUGAUCGGAUUUUCAAAAAAUUUUCUAAUUGCUUUUUUUGUUCGAAGUUCAAGUUAUCGGCUUGGGGUUGGGUCACCAGUCAGC